AUGAAGAACAUGUUUGGCAUGACACUUGAUUACACCACUUCAUACAGAGCAUUGUUAUAUGCGCAAGAAAUGGUGAGAGGAUCAGCAGAAGACGGAUUUAAGUAUAUAUUUCUUGCUUUUGGAGCUUCGAUCAGAGGAUUUAAGUAUCAGAGACGGGUCAUUGUGGUGGAUGGGACUCACCUAAGUGGGAAGUAUGGGGGUACUAUGUUGGUUGCAGCCGCACAAGACAGUAAUUUUCAGAUAUAUCCAUUGGCUUUUGGGAUCGUAGAUGGUGAGAAUAAUGAAUCUUGGGAAUGGUUUUUCACAAAAUUGGCGAGCUGUGUAUCUGAUGAGUAUCCUCUGGUGAUAGUCUCCGACAGGCACGCCUCCAUUAUAAAUGCGUGUGAAAAGGUGUUUCCUUGGGUAACCCGAGGAAUAUGUUAUUAUCACCUUCAAGAGAAUAUUGUCAAAAAGUAUAAAGGGAAGCAUCUCUUGUACUUCGUGAAAGGUGCUGCUUAUGCUCAUACACUUUACGAUUUUGAUCGGUACAUGGAUGAGAUAUGGAGUGCAAAUCCGGAUCUUGCUGAGUAUCUGGAGGAAGCCGAUGUGACCCUAUGGUCUAGGGUUCAUUGUCAGGGAGACAUGUACAACUUAAAAACGAGCAAUAUCGCUGAAUCAAUUAACUCCGCACUGAAGCGAGCAAGAGGAUUUCCUAUUCAGUUCCUGCUGGAGUUCAUAAGGGAGAAGCUAGGAAGGUGGUACUGGAAAAGGAGAGGAGAUGCUUUGAGUCUUACAACUCAACAUAGUCGGGGUGUUGAACACUUGCUUGCUGUCCGAGAGGAGAACGCGUAUACUCUGAGAGUCCAACAAAUUGAUGGAUGGAAGUUCUUUGUGAAAGGUGGAAAUAGGGACUGUAAUGUUGAUCUGGAACUUCAAAAGUGUGAUUGUGGUGUCUAUCAAGUCGAGAAAAUACCUUGCUCUCAUGCUAUAGCAGCUGGAACAGCAGCUGGUGUGCAUAAAUCCACACUUGUGUGGCCGGUCUACUCAAAGGAUACUUUGUUUGCAGGAUACUCAGAGAAUAUAUAUCCUUGUGUUGGACAACUUGUUGAGGCACGCACAUGCUUUCCUCCGGAAGUAAAGCGUGGUCCGGGGAGACAGAAGAAAUCAAGAUGGCAAUCUUGGUUGGAGCUAUCCAGGAUGAGAGGACGCAAACCCCGGAAGCAACACAGGGUUUAUAGGUGCUCAGUCUGCAAAGAAAUUGGCCAUAAACGUCCACAAUGUAAGAACUGA